GGCCCGCGGCUGUCGCGGGCAGAAAAUUCCUCGGACUCUGUGUUGUGUACUCGGCAGUCUGGGAACAGAAGAAAUCUUCUCAACCUAAACAGCUUCUGAAUGUGCAGUAAAAGACUGGGGAAUCCCAGGGGAAGGAUCACAGUGGUAAAUGUAGUUCUGUGCCAGACUCCAGAAGAUUUGAGGAACGUAACCUCUUUCUGUCAAGGAAACCAAUUUAAUCAUGCUCUCCACUGUAAGGCACCAUAGCUUGUAAAACAAGGAGAAAAUUGCUUUCAGCUAUGCAUGUGACAUCAAGACUUCCUGGAAAAUUAUGGUUUUAAUGAGUUUCUUGCAUUUUGACACAUUCAUUGUGAAUACUGAGAGAAGUAUAAAGUCGUCAGGGAGGAAAUGACCUAGAGGCCUUACAAAUACAUUUGUGCAUUUUUGUUCUGAGUCUGCAAUUGAGGGCAAAAGCAGUCUGGAAGCACCACUUCUUAAUGUUACAACGGAAACAACUACCUCAACAAACAGGGAAAGGGGAAGAAGGCUUGCAAUAACAAACACUCUAGUUUUUAAUAGCUUAUACUUGCGAAGUCUUCUGUAAACAGUCCAGAUUUUAUUUUCCCCCUCCAAUAUUAAGAAGAGACACUACAAGUGAACCGAGUUGGCAGACUGGAUCUGUCAAGACGUCUGAAGAUAUUUGAUCUGCUGACAUAAGGAUUUGCUUUUUCAAGGAAAGAGCCUCUGCACUGCUUUUCUAAUCGCUGUUGAUCGGUGCUUUGCUCCACUUUUCCUCAUACUACUAAUGGGAGAAUUGUAUUAAGGUAUUGCUUCUAAAACUAUUAUUUGCAUUGAGGAAGCUAACUUUUGUAGAUGUAACAGCCAGUGACAAUGUUAUGCUCAUGAAGAACUUGUAAGCGAUCGCUUCUCCGCUCCAGUUGGUUUUUCUGUGUGCGGAGGGGAUACCACACAAGAGACAGAGCAUAAUUAAGAUACUUGGGCUUGCUUUUUGAGUACAGUUUCUGACUGCAGCAGGGCUGCACCCAACACUGAAAACACGGAGUCAGCAAAUCUGCUGCCGUUCCCACUGCUGAUACAGAUUAUACAGACACUUGCCUUUCUGAAAUGCCUUUUUUGAAACCUAUGUACACGGUCCUGCACUGUUACUGUACAUAGACACUCGAGGAAGGAAUUGAACGAGCGAUUGUUAAUUCAAGAACUCUCUGGACAAGCACUCACUUAUGUAUUGCUGCAGUGCACAAGAAAGCAAAAUGGACUAUAAGCGGCGCUUUUUGCUUGGCGGGUCCAAGCAGAAAGUGCAGCAACACCAGCAGUAUCAAAUGCCCGAGCUGGGCAGGACCCUGAGCGCCCCGCUGGCAUCGGCCACCCCCAGCACCCCCCUGGUGUCCCCGGCUGCUGCGGGCGGCUGCUCCCACCCCGCCUCCCACACGACUCCGAUCGCAGACAUCCAGCAGGGAAUCUCCAAAUACCUGGAUGCACUCAACGUGUUUUGCCGAACGAGCACUUUCCUUACAGACCUUUUCAGCAGCGUGUUUAGGAACUCGCACUACUCUAAGGCAGCUAUGCAACUGAAAGACGUGCAGGAACAUGUCAUGGAAGCAGCGAGUCGACUCACAGCAGCAAUAAAACCAGAAAUAGCAAAAAUGCUGAUGGAACUGAGUGCGGGAGCUGCAAACUUCAAAGAUCAAAAAGAGUUCAGCCUACAGGACAUUGAGGUACUUGGGCGAUGUUUCUUGACAGUGAUGCAGGUCCACUUCCAAUUCCUGUCACAAGCUUUGCAGAAAGUCCAGCCAGUGGCACACUCCUGCUUUGCUGAAGCUGUAGCUCAGGAGAGGAAGAAUGUUAGUGGGACUGGAGCCUCAAAUAUAAGCCCCACAAAUGAGCUGGAAGAUGCAAUAAGAUCAUGGAGAGGAGCAGCAGAGGCCACAUCUCGACUGCGAGAAAGAGGCUGUGAUGGAUGUUUGGCAGGAAUUGAAGUUCAGCAACUUUUCUGCUCACAGAGUGUGGCCAUCCCUGAACAUCAGCUCAAAGAGCUAAACAUGAAAAUUGACAGUGCUUUGCAGGCUUACAGAGUGGCUCUGGAGAGCUUGGGUCAUUGUGAAUAUGCAAUGAAGGCUGGCUUCCACUUGAACCCAAAAGCAAUUGAAGCAAGUCUUCAGGGCUGUUGCAGUGAAGCUGAAGCCCAGCAAACAGGAAGGAGACAGACUCCACCUCAGCCCAUUCAGUGUGAGCUGCCCACUGUCCCUGUCCAGAUUGGAUCCCAUUUUCUGAAAGGAAUCUCCUUCAAUGAGUCUGCAGCAGAAAACCUGAAGCUGAAAACGCACACAAUGCUGCAGUUGAUCAAGGAAGCCGGAUGCCAUAAUGGACUCACCCCCCGGGACGACUCUCCCGUGACUGAAGUACUGAACCAGGUCUGCCCUUCCACGUGGAGAGGAGCCUGCAAAACUGCUGUGCAGCUGUUGUUUGGCCAGGCUGGACUGGUGGUUGUGGACACGGCACAGAUUGAAAAUAAAGAAGCCUAUGCUCCUCAGAUAAGUUUAGAAGGAUCAAGAAUUGUGGUGCAAGUUCCAUCAACCUGGUGUCUGAAAGAAGAUCCAGCAACGAUGUCUUUGCUACAGAGGAGUCUGGAUCCAGAGAAGACUUUGGGGCUGGUAGAUGUGCUCUAUACUGCUGUGUUCGAUAUACACAGGUGGAAGGAAGGAAGGGAGCAAGCUUUGCCUUGUAUUCAGAUCCAGUUACAGCGUGAAAUCUCCGACUUUGGGAGCCAAGUUGACAUGCCGUCGGGGAAUGGAAGCAAAUCUUCAGGGGGUCUGCAAAAGACAUUCUCAAAACUGACUUCACGGUUUACAAAAAAAACUUCCUGCACCAGUGCAAGUAACACAGGAAGUUACUCAAUCCCCAAUACACCUUCCAAAAAUGUGUUCAUAAGUUCCAGCUCAGAGGAGAAAGCUAAAAUGCCCGCCAACGUGGACGCACGGUUGCAGAACAUCCUGAACAUUGGUAACUUCCCUCGGACCACAGAUGCUCUGCAGCCAGUUCAGAGCACAAAUAACCAGCUCGUCAAUGGGUUUCUAGUGGAAAGACGGGACAGCUUCUUCAAACCAGAUGAUGGCAAGGAUGACAAAGGUAUGAAUUUACCAACUGACCAAGAAAUGCAGGAUGUUAUAGAUUUCUUGUCUGGUUUUAACAUGGGCAAAUCCCAGCAGACUUCUCCGAUGGUGAAAAGAAGGAACUCUGUUGCAUCCUCUACAGCAACAGAACAAAAGUCAGGAGCAGUUCAACAGCAGCCGCAGUCUGUGUCUCACACCCCACUGCAUCCUCCUCAGCAAGGCUUGUCCCAGCAGCAGUCCCAAAAGCAGCAGCAGCAGAUGCAGUAUUACCAACACUUGCUUCAACCUAUCGGACCACAGCAACGUGCACCUGCCAAAUGGCUCAGUAACUCUUCACAGCAGCAAGCCCCGGCUGUUGGAGCUGGAUUGUCUCAUAUAAAUCAGUGGAACAAUCCUGGGUUUUCAGAUUUAAGCUCUGAUUUGUACAGCUUAGGUCUUGUGAGCAGCUAUAUGGACAAUAUGAUGGCAGAGAUGUUAGGACAGAAACCACAAGGACCUAGAAACAACACAUGGCCAAAUCGUGACCAAACUGAUGGAGUGUUUGGGAUGUUGGGAGAAAUCCUGCCUUUUGACCCUGCAGUUGGCUCUGAUCCAGAGUUUGCCCGCUAUGUUGCUGGGGUGAACCAGGCUAUGCAACAGAAGAGGCAAGCACAGCACGUCCGUCGUCCGAGCACCACGCGUGGCAACUGGCCUCUUCCUGAUGAUCCUCAUAAAACCUGGCCCUUUCCCGAGUAUUUCACAGAGGGUGAUGUGACAAACAGCUGGUCUGGUACACAGGGAGACUCUGCCAGCUCAAGUGAUGAGACCUCCUCAGCUAACGGAGACAGUUUGUUCUCCAUGUUCUCAGGGCCAGACCUUGUUGCUGCUGUAAAGCAGAGAAGAAAACACAGCAGUGGUGAACAGGAACCCAGCACGCUGCCAUCGCCUCCCCUUCUCUCUGCAGCAGAUGACCGCAGUCAGGAUAACAAGACCAAAACGUGGCCUCCCAAGGCCCCGUGGCAGCACACGUCCUCCGUGCCGAGCACGCUGCCCAGCCAGAGCGCGUCCCUGUACCCCAUGAGCAGCCCCGUGAGCCAGUGGAGCGACACCAUGCAGAUGCUGCAGGCGCCCAUGUGGGCCAGCGACUGCAGCCCGGCAGCGGGCAUCUCCUCCAGCUUCGCCUACGCGCAGCAGCAAUCCCAACAGGCUUCCCAGCACAAACAGAUCAACAAGGGCUUUAAAUCUUUUCCAGUAAAGCACGAACGCAGACCGUCUUACCUGCACCAGUACUAACUGCUUUUCAUACUGGGAAAUGCGGCACAGGGCCAAAUGAAAAUUACCUUAUUUUGAUUCACAGUGCUGCGUUGGCUAUCUCCUGUUUCUCUCUGGAUGUGGGACUGAGGGGGUUUGGGUGAGAUAGACGAACUCUCGGAUUCUGAGUUACAGUGCUGAGCAAAUAUGGCCAAUAUGUUCGGUGUACAUGAAACAGCCCGAAACUGUGAUGUAGAAAUGCUUUUAAAAAUGCAUAAUUGCCUUUACUUUCGAGACUUUUUUUUUUUUCUAAAAAGAACUGCUGAAGGACUACCAUACAAGAAACACUGUAUUUUAUAGCUAUUUUUCAUAUAGAUUUAUAGUUAAAACAUCUUACUGAAACACAUUGAAUAUGUUGAAGCAAAUACAUAGUGGUCCCUUUGCUCAACACUGUUUGUGUUUAAAUUUAUAAAGAACAAGCUGUAGAGCCUUUGUAUUCUCCAUUACAGCCUGUGGGCAGCUUUUUUAAAAUGAAGUGCAACAGCAGCUUUUCCUGUGCCACACAAGCGUAUUCAUUUCGGAAUUGCUGCAGAAACAGUUGCAAAAACUGAGUUUUGUGGCAGUUUCCUUACUCUAGGUGAGGAUCCACUGAGCCUUGAGUCACCAAUGUUACCUGAGCUGCUUGAAAUAGAUGGCACCUGUGUGGGCAGUGUGACCCUGGAAUAGAUGGCACCUGUGUGGGCAGUGUGCCCCUGGUUCUCACACACCUGUGUGGGCAGUGUGCCCCUGGUUCUCUCACACCUGUGUGGGCAGUGUGCCCCUGGUUCUCACACACCUGUGUGGGCAGUGUGCCCCUGGUUCUCACACACCGGUGUGGGCAGUGGGACCCUGGUUCUCACACACCUGUGUGGGCAGUGUGACCCUGGUUCUCACACACCUGUGUGGGCAGUGGCACCCUGGUUCUCACACCUGUGUGGGCAGUGGGACCCUGGUUCUCACACCUUUGUGGGCAGUGGCACCCUGGUUCUCACACCUGUGUGGGCAGUAGGACCCUGGUUCUCACACCUUUGUGGGCAGUGGCACCCUGGUUCUCACACCUGUGUGGGCAGUGUGACCCUGGUUCUCUCACACCUGUGUGGGCAGUGUGCCCCUGGUUCUCACACACCUGUGUGGGCAGUGGCACCCUGGUUCUCACACACCUGUGUGGGCAGUGGCACCCUGGUUCUCACACACCUGUGUGGGCAGUGUGACCCUGGUUCUCACACCUUUGUGGGCAGUGGCACCCUGGUUCUCACACACCUGUGUGGGCAGUGGGACCCUGGUUCUCACACAAACUGUGUCCUAUGGCUGUGUUUGGCCAAAAGCAUUAUCCACACAGUGCUCCCGCAGUGUGUGAAAGCAAAGCCUAAGAGACUACUUGCAUUUAUUUAAAGUCUUAUUUCAGAUGCUACAGUUGAGUAAAAAUUGUGAGCUGGCUCAGAAGAUACAAAAACUGAAAUGUGGGGGGGAGCAGUUAGUUAAAAGAACAUUAUUUUUUUUAAAAGGAUAAAGUAAUUAUUUGCAGUCAAUAUGUGCCAUUAAGUGAACCUGUGGAAUUAGGAAUAAUCUUCCAACCAAAGUGGAUCGGGGCGAGUGACUGGUGCUUACAAAUUGAAGAACAAUGGUAAAUAUAUGUAUACCUAUCCCACUGUAUAUGAAUUGAGAUUACAGAAGAUUCUUUAUAUAGUUAGAGCUUAUUUAAAUUUUCAUAUUUCAUCUUUGAAAGAGUCUAAAAACCACAAUAUUUUCUGGUAUAAGAGUUUUGACAGUAUUAAUCUUAUUUUUGUAUUUUUCUUAAGUCAUAUCAUUCUAAUAUGUUAACUACUAGUAAAAUGGGUUAUUAGUUCUAACUACAUAAUUUUUCAAUGAAGAUAAAGCACAUUUUUUGGUUUUGGUUUUACAAACUAAGUACAUCUAUAUCUAAAGAUACCAAAAAAUAAAUACAUUAUAUAUAUAUAUAUAUAUAUAUAUAUAAAAAAGUAAAAAGUAUACACAACACUAAAACUAUUAAACAUUUGGGUAUUUAAAACCCAUCCACCUCUUCUGUUUGUAUGGUGACGGGCUCUAUUUGCAGGCCCAGAUUGUUACCUUUUGUGCUGUUCGAGGAUGCCAAUGUUGCCUGUAUUUAUGAUAUUGUCACCAUGUUUUCUGAAACUUCAUACUUACCAUGUUUACAAAGAUUUGUUUGCUGUACAUAGAGUUUUUACAGUAAUGUGCUUUGCACAAUCAGUGUGGCUUCUGUCUGUAAAUUGUUAAUGGUCUGUACUACUAUAAUUUUGAAAACCCUCCACUGAAAAUGUUAGUGGUUAUUUAGCUUCAAGACUGGUUUCAAGUUUCCUAAAUCUUGUUGUUUAGAUCUAAUAUUAAAUCCUAAAUUUGGUUGUACUUACUUGGUUAUUCAUACUAAGACCAAAAUGGAAGUUAAUGGAAACAACUUAAUUUUGAACUUUUUUUCUAACAAGUGCCAAAAUGAUUGCUAUAGUUUUUGCAGUUUAUUCAUAAUUACAAAUGCUGGCAAGUUUCUGGACCUACAUAAGUGAAUUGUGAAAACAAAGAAAGUUUGUCUGCAUUUUGACCAUGUGGGUGCUACUCUGUCCUUUGCUUCCGAUUGUUCUGAACACUGGUAAUUUUAAGAAUUGUUGCACUUGGCAAAUGAGUCUUGCCCUUAAACUUCACUUACACUGCCAAGUGCAAGGGUUUGGUGCUUAGUUAACUUACCCUUAUUGCAGUGCUUCUUGUGAAUAGCUAACGCUUCUGAACUGGAACUGUACAGUUUGUAUUUUAAAGCUUCUGUAAAAGUAAACUAUUUGCUUUAUUAAAGAUAUACAUUUAAUAGGUCA